GUAAAUCAUCAAGAGCAUUUUACAACACUUGCUUUGUUGAUCAGAACAACAAACCCCAAAAGCCGUUAGAUAAAGAGGAAGACGCUGUGAAUCGUAAAUUUACCAAUGCUUAUGCGAUUUGUCGCCGCAUUUGACACAAAUAUGCACAUAAGCAUAAAAUGAGCUGCAUAAAUGUGGCCAUAAAUCACAGCGCACGUGGAUAUGCAGUCGUACGCAAUGCAAAUGAAUAUGCCCCCAAAUGUCGGCGAUAAAAUGCGCGCAAACGCCGUCACCCAAAUCGCUUAUCAACUAAAACACAAAAAGCGCCGCCGCCAAGUCGGCAAAUUUUGAAGUUCUAGCACCACAACAGUAUGCGAAUGUCGCAAAAUGGCAAAGUUACAAACAGUUUUAACAAUUUACUUGCUUCUUGUUUGCGUCGUGGCUCAAAAACGAGCCGUUGGGGAGGAGAAAUACUACGAUGACGAAUUGAUUGACCUGUCGGAGAUGGGCGAGUCGAUUUUUGGUAAUCCGGAUAGUGAAACUACUGGAGCUUUGGUGGACGCACAAGAUGAGCAUUCGCAACAGAAUCCCGAAGAGCUGGGCACCUACCACGAGGGUGAUAUACUAAUACCACUUAAUUACCGGCACGUUCGCACCGACGACACACGUAAUGGCCUCCUAGCGGUAAGCACACGCUGGCCCGGCGGCGUGGUUCCCUACGAAAUCAAAGGAAUAUUCACAUCCCAAGAGCUGGGCAACAUACAACAUGCCUUUAAAGAGUAUCACGACAAGACUUGCGUGCGUUUCAGGCCGCGCACAAACGAAAAGGAUUACAUUUCCAUUGUAAACGGCAAGUCUGGAUGCUGGAGCAGCAUUGGACGCCUAGGAGGUCGCCAAGAGGUCAACCUACAGUCACCCAACUGCUUGCGCACAUAUGGCACACCCAUACACGAACUUAUGCAUGCGCUGGGCUUUCUCCAUGAGCAAAAUCGCUACGAGCGCGAUGCCUACGUGCAGGUGCUGAGCGAGAACGUAAAGCCCGGCAUGUUGGCCAACUUUGAUAAGGGCAGCGCCAGGACACAAUCGGGCUUUGGCGUUGAUUAUGAUUAUGCUAGCGUGAUGCAUUACUCGACCACCAGCUUCAGUAGGAACGGACAGCCGACACUAAAAGCUUUGCGCAGCAAUCCUGAUGCACGCCAGAUGGGACAACGGCGCGGCUUCUCGCCCAGCGAUGUACGCAAGAUUAAUGCGAUGUACAAAUGCAAACUCUAAAUAGAUUUUCUCUGUUUU